AUGAAUGGACUUGAGAAGUUUAUUUAUGAGUUAAUCAAUAUGCUGGUCCAAAACGAGGCAACGACCCACAAGUCCGUGCUUGCAGUGUUGAUACGAGAGGCUACGACCUCCAAGGCGAAAGGCAAGAGGACCGAACGCUGGAAGAGGAAGAAGGGAAAAGAAAAGGGCAUCGCCACUACUAGUGCUCUAAGCGCCCCUGUUGCUCCCGUGGGAAAGGGCAAAGGGAAAGGGAAUAAUGGCGGUUUACAACGAUUGAGGGCAAAUGAUGUUUGCAUUCACUGCUGUGAAAAUGGGCAUUGGAAGAGGGAGUGUCCACAACUCCUCUCCAACCCAGGAAUCAUCGUCGGAGGUGCACUUGACAUUGUUCCGUGA